AGCGCGGCGAUCGUCGUCACCGGGUUGACAUUCAUCCUCUACCGAUGCAAGUGGCUCGCGCUCCGCCUUAAUCGCUUAUUUGCCGUGUACAAAGUCGUGCUGGUGUUUUUUGGGUCUAUCGUGGGUUAUGGCUACAGCGAUAGUGGAAUCACGUGGAACCAUCAUCACAACGGCUGGAGAGUCGCCUCCGGAUUCUUCUCGGUUGUGUACGCGUACCAGGGUUGGGAGAUUCCCUUUUAUGUAUGUCCUGGGCGAGCUCAGAGGUCAUUCAUCCAAGAACAUCGUCAGAGAGGGCGGAUUCGUUGCGAUCGCGACCGUCACGGCGUUAUACAUGAUGGCCAACAUAGCACUGAUGGUAGUUCUACCCUAUCAGGCCCUGGUUGAUGGUGAAGGAGUAGGCGCGAUGAUCACCAACCUCCAAGCGGCGGCAGCGGUAACGUUUCUCAUCUCGCUCUCACCGGUUGGGAACAUGCUCGCGAGCAUAUAUGCGUACGGCUGUGUUGGCAAAAUGAUUGGUGACCAGAAACUGUUUCCGUUCUGGCAGAUCCUCGCGCACCAGUCGAAGUUCAGCGAUCGCACCAACUCCGGUGCCUACCUGGUGCACUGGAUCGCAUGCAUCACCUCGAUCGUCGCCGUUGCCACUCCGCACUACAAACAAUUCACGUUCUCGAUCGGGUUGACGAUCUACAACUAUGGGCGUACUUUCAUCAUCGUGAUUCUCGCCGUGGCGCUGCCGUGGGGCGUGUUCGAGAAGGAGUGGGGUCGUUCGCGAUGGCUGUGGUGGCUUGCGGCAAUCCUUAUAUCCUCGGUGAACAUCGGCGUACUGAUCAUCAACUCGUACCCGAUUCCGCGCGACGACAACCCGUCAGGCAAGACAUGGGCUCGCCCGGCAGUCGCAUUCGGCCUGAUGGGCCUCGGAACCCUGUGGGGACUAUGUCUAUGGCCGUCGGAGAAGUCGCAAAAGCCCUCGGACAGCGAAGCGCAAUCGGAGAAUGACGCCGACGUUGUUGGUGCCGCGGACGCAGCCGCGCCGAGGGCUGCGGAGCACGCUGCCAUUCCUUUGACCGGAGAUGAUUGCAAUUUCGUGCAGAAAACUCUCGGCGUAGCACUACAGAUCAGGGGCUGCAACAAUUCGGGCGAGCACUGUGGACAGACGAGAAUGGCAACGUACAUACAGGUCGGCGAAGGUGGUCUGUUGAGAUACCUCCGGGAGCUCAACUUUCUGCAGUGGCUGUCGGGUCUGCUGGGAGGGCCAAGGGGAGCGCAGCCGCCGCCGCCCCUCCGCCGCGGAGAAUGCGCAGAUACCGAUGGAGCCACUCCCCCAAGGCCUGGCACCAGCCAGCCCAUGAUAAGCACCAGCUAAGGGGAAGAUAGCGGGCGAGGACGAGUGUAGGAUUAUUGCGCCUGCGGGCCCGGAACUGGAAAUAUAAUAUAUAGUUGGCAUA